AAACCCGAGCGAGCAAAUGAUUGACAGGCAGAGAGUUUGUGUGAUUGGAGCGGCUGUGAUUAUCACUGUAUAUUCGUGAAAUUAAGAAACACUUCCAGCAGCUACAAUAUGAAGGUAAGCUUUUAUUUCACCACAGACACGAUUGACAUCUACACGGAUCAGCUGAUACAUUAAAAAAGCGUCGAGGAUUCCUGUCAGUCUGCGCACCGAUCAGCUGAUAUAUAUACGUUAAGGAUAGACGUGAAAUGAAACUUCCCUCGCCGGAACCGCGAGCAGGAAAGGCUGGAAAAAGCGGAAAUAAACAGUCGCCUUACACGCAGAAAGAGGAACUGCAGCUCUGGGCGGAAUAUGAGAGUGCGAGUACAUACUAGAAACAACAACACGAGCCGCACCGCGAGUGUGUGUGAGGAUGUGGAUCACUCCUGAAGAAGUUGUGCUGAAAAACGCGCUCAAGCUUUGGGUGACGGAUAAAUCCAACGAUUAUUUCCUCCUGCAGCACCGAAGAGGACAUGGAGACACAGGGGGAAAAAUCACAGGUUUGCUGGUGGGUGCGUUGGACACCGUGUUGGACUCAAAUGCGCGAGCGGCCCCGUUCCGGAUCGUUCUGCAUGUGCCCGGGUCGCAGGUCAGCUGGGUCAUAGCCAGUGGAGCCACGAUAGAGGAGGUGCUGAAACACUGGAAAUGGCUGGAUCAGAACAUACUGCCGUACAUGGCAGUGUUUGAGAAUAAAGAAGACGCUGCGAGUUUUGUACAGGGCAAAGUGAAGGGUUUAAUAGCUGAGGAGGUUUUGGGCGGUCAGGCUGCAGGCGAGGAUGAUCCGGCACGCUUCCGGGAAGACCUGGCACGGUUCGAGCAGCGCUUCGGUCUCCCUCAAAGAGAGAAACUGGUCACGCAUUACUCCUGCUGCUGCUGGAAGGGUCAUGUGCCGCGCCAGGGCUCACUUUACCUCACCACCAACCACAUUGCCUUCUACUCCUUCCUGCUGGGCAAAGAGGUAAAGCUGUUAGUUCCCUGGGCUGAAGUGACGCGGCUGGAACGCGUGUCGGUGGGUUUGCUGACGGACGUGAUCCGCGUUCACACAAGACGGAAACAGAGGGAAUUCUCCAUGUUUCUGAAUGUGGAUGAGGUGAUGAAGGUCAUGUGUCAGCUGGCUGAUAUCGCCCUCCGCAGGCUGCUGGACAGCGGCGGACUCACACUCGACCAAUCGCUGCAGGACUCCACAAACAUUACCAAGAGGGUUUUGGAGGAGCAGGCUCUCCGACAGUACGUGCUCUCUCUCUUUGGCUUGCCGCGGGCCGAGCGUCUACGGGAAGUUAUGUCAUGCUCGGUUUGGACUCCUCAUGCCCGCUGCCACACGCCGGGCACCGUCUACACCACAGACGGGUAUUUGUGCUUUAGCAGCCGUGAGGAGGGCCAGUGUACUCUCAUCAUACCCUUCGCAGAGAUCCUCUGCAUUGAGAAGGCUGAGAGCACCAGCGCUCUGCCCAACCCCGUCAUCAUUAGCGUACGGUGUAAGCGUGCGUUCCAGCUAAUCGAGCUGCUUCAUCGUGAUGAGUUGGUGGAGAACGUCAGAGACCGACUGCGAGCUCUCCACUGGGAACAGAAUAUGAUACGUGGACACGACCAACGCAAGAAAUCCACGAUCUCCACCACACCGUAUUACACCUUCUGUUACGACACCGUCCAGUCAGACGAAGAGGACAGCAGCGUCAUCAUCUCUGAUAAAGCUCUACGUCACACUGUCCUCACGGAUGCCCUCACUUCUACAUUCCACCCCAGGAAAUCAGACUCCAACCACAAAACAUGUAACACAGAGCAGGUCAGAGAGCGUUUAUGGGACGAUCACUUUACUGAGUUUGGUCGUGGCGUUCACAUGUUCCGCACCGAUAAAAUCCGCAAUCUGGUGGCACUGGGGAUCCCGGAGUCUCUGCGCGGGGAGCUGUGGCUCCAUUUCUCAGACGCGAGUUCCUCGCUGGCAGCUCAUCCGAACUACUACGCUGAUCUGCUGGAGAAAUGCAGGGGGGAAACGAGCAUCGCCACAGAGGAAAUAGAGCGAGAUCUGCAUCGCUCGCUGCCGGAGCAUCCGGCCUUCCAGAACGAAACGGGAAUCUCCGCCCUCCGCAGGGUCCUCACCGCCUACGCCUACCGAAACCCCACCAUCGGAUACUGUCAGUCCAUGAACAUCUUGGCGUCUGUGAUGCUCUUGUACACUAAAGAAGAAGAAGCUUUCUGGCUGCUGGUCACUGUGUGUGAGCGGAUGCUGCCCGACUACUUCAACCGCAGAGUCAUCGGAGCUCAGGUGGAUCAGUCUGUGUUUGAAGAGCUGGUUCGUGAACGGCUGCCGGAGCUGGCUGACCACGUCCCUGACAUCUCCCCGGUGGCGUCGGCGUCCCUCACGUGGUUCCUGACGCUGUUCGUGAGCGUGCUCCCGUUCCGCAGCGCUCUGUGUGUCCUCGACUGCUUCUUCUACUGCGGGAUCAGAUCAAUCUUCCAGAUCGGCCUGGCGGUGCUGGACGCUAAUGUAGCCGAGCUGAGCUCAUGCACGGAUGACGGACACGCCCUGAUGAUACUGACCAGUUUCCUUGAGCAGGUCAGACAUGAGGAGGAGUCACAUGUUUGUCCUGAAGACGCAGGAGCUUCUCAUCAUCUACACAUCACCACUCUCAUUACUGAUGCGUUUGAGAAAUAUGGGUGUGUGACAGUGAAGCAUUUGGAGAUGUUGAGGUGCCGCCACCGUGUUCAGGUGCUGCAGGCGCAUGAAGACACCACCAAAGACAACGCGUUGCGAUUGGUCACCCCAGACGUGUCACUGUCACAGGAGAACCUGUCUGAGCUCUACGACCUCUUCAAGACAGAGCAUUUCAUCAGUCUGUACUGGGGUGACGGCGUGUGCAGCUCUGGCGCUGUUCUUCCUGCGACGGGCGGCUGCGCUGAGCGCUACUUCGUGGAUCGAGCUCAGUUUAAGAGCCUGUAUGAGCUGCUGGCGCCGUGGAUCUGUGGGACGCACACCGAUACUGUCGCCCAGCGCACCUUCACACUGCUGGACCAGGACAGAGACAACCUCAUAAAUUUCUCUCAGUUCGUUCAGAUGCUCGACGUUCUGUACUGUGAGGAGCUGAAUGAGAAGAUCAGGCUGCUGUAUCGACUGCACAUCCCACCAGCCUUGAGUGAGAAUGAAGAAGACUCGUCCCCUCUGAAGAGUCCAGUUCUGUCCAGCACCAGACCUCUUUAUGUCAACCUGCCCAAUGGUGAGAAAAUGAGUUAUGAAGAGCAGCUGCAGCAGAUGCUUCAGGACUUGAACAAAGGCAAAGAGAAGGAUGAGGAGAAGCCUCUUCCUCACAUGAACCAGCGGGAGUUCAUCCAGUUUUGUAAGACGCUGUACAGCAUGUUUCAAGGCGAGCCGUGUGAGGCCGAGCUCUUCCAGGCCAUCGGGAUGGUCACCAGUCUCGUGCUGCAGAUCGGAGAGGCGCGACACCGCGAGCGUUCGUCAGCAGAGGACGCUUCGAGAGACGCCGGCGAGUCGGACGCUCACUGGUCGGUGAGCUUCGAGCAGAUUCUGGCCUCUUUACUGACCGAGCAGGUGCUGGUCAACUUCCUGGAGCGGCCCGUCGACCUGAGCGCAAAGAUCGCAUCCGCAAAGACGCAGCAGUAUCAGGAGCGCGCCGGUCUGCUCAUGAUCCAGCAUGCAGCGGGCAGGUGAUGAGCUCCAGAUGACGAUUUCACGUGUGCCUUGAUCAUGAUGAUUCACGAGCGUAUGGAGGACCAAACAGGCAACAAAUGAUGUUCUUCCUCAGUGUUUCCAUCUUGUUUUCCAGCACAAAUAUUUAAACAUUCUUAAAUCAAGAUACAUUUACUGGAGAAGAGAAAUGACUGAAGAAAUAACUGCCAAUGGGGUCAGAAGAAUAAUCUUUGAAUUAAGUUUAUUUUUCUGACCCCAUUGGCAGAUAUUUAUUCUAAAUAUAUCUAAAUAUCUUCAGUCAUUUCUCUUCUCCAGUAAAUGUGUCUUGAUUUAAAAAUGUUUAGACGUUUGUCCUGGAAAACAAGACAGAAACACUGAGGAAGAACAUCAUUUUUUUCCAAUGUGACAUCUAUAAAAUCCCAUGAUGCCGCUGGGGUGAGCUGGACUCCCCUCACUGAAUGCUUUAAUGUAGGAUGUCGUGAACCGAAGCCUCGUGCAGCUGAGCCACAUUGAUCUGAGAGUGUUUUAGUUCACUGACCUCAGUUCAGCUUUACUGGUCACACUUUACAAUUAGGUUUCAUUUGUGAACAUUAGUUAACACUGAUUCUAAGCAAUUAUUACUCUUAGUUAAAGGAUUAGUUCACUUCAAAAUGAAAAUUUCCUGAUAAUUCACUCACCCCCAUGUCAUCCAAGAUGUUUAUUUCUUUUUCUUUAGAAAUGAAGGUUUCUGAGGAAAACAUUCCAGGAUUUUUCUCCAUAUAGUGGACUUCACUGGGGUUCAACGGGUUGAAGGUCCAAAUGUCAGUUUCAGUGCAGCUUCAAAGAGCUCUACAUGAUCCCAGACGAGGAAUAAGAGUCUUAUCUAGAGAAACCAUCGGUCAUUUUCUAAAAAUUACAUACUUUUUAACCACAAAUGCUCGUCUUGCACUGCUCUGUGAUGCUCCACACAUUACGUAAUCAUGUUGGAAAGGUCACGUGUGACGCAGGCGGAAGUACCGAUCCAGUGUUUACAAAGAGAACGUGCAAAGACUAAGUGUUUUUCAAUCUACCGCGGGACUUCGGCCUACGUCACGUGUGACCAAUGCGUGGAGCAUCACAGAGCAGUGCAAGACGAGCAUUUGUGGUUAAAAAGUAUAUAAUUUUUUAUUUAUUUUUAGAAAAUGUCCGAUGGUUUCUCUAGAUAAGACUCUUAUUCCUCGUCUGGGAUCAUGUAGAGCUCUUUGAAGCUGCACUGAAACUGACAUUUGGACCUUCAACCCGUUGAACCCCAGUGAAGUCCACUAUAUGGAGAAAAAUCCUGGAAUGUUUUCCUCAAAAACCUUAAUUUCUUUUCCACUGAAGAAAGAAAGACAUAAACAUCUUGGAUGACAUGGAGGUGAGUAAAUUAUCAGGAAAUUUUAAUUCUGAAGUGAACUAACUGUAAAGUGUGUCUGAUUUAGAUGAUCUGUUCCUGUUCAUCAGCGUUUCUGUUUUAAAUGUGUUUUAUGAAUCAGUAUUCAAACGCGUCUCCUCUCACUGACAUCUGCUUCCGUCCUUCACACACGAGGAAAGUGUGAUUGUUAUAAAUGUGUUUGUCACAACAGAUUUUAAGCUUUUUUUUUGAGGAUUCUGACUAUAGCUAUUAAAUACCAUGUAAGUUCAGUCUGAUGGGAUUGUUUACAUGUUACAGACUGUAUAAACGAGACUCACAUGAAGGAAAUAUUGAUCAUUAUGAUUAUUUUACCUGUUCCAGCAGCUGGAUAUCUGAUCUGAUGCUGCCGCGUUCAGUGUUUUAGUCAUUUUGAUUAAAAAUUAUGAGGUCAAUUUUUUUUAAUGAAAUGUAUUGUUCACCAAGAUCAAUAUCAUGCAUUUAGAAAGCAGAUACAAUGAAUGUACAGUGACAUAACCUUGAUUUCAUUUCAUGUUUUCUAUAGGAAUAUUCCAGUUUAAGUUCUAGUUAAGCUCGAUCAGCAGCAUUCGAUGCUUGCCAGCAAUUUUGAUUCAUUUUCUUUAAGAAAGCAAACAUUUUGUAUAAUUUAAAAGCUGAAAUGUGAUGCUAAUAAUUUUACAUUCUGUUAAAACUUGUUUAAUCAUUUUUACAGUGUUUUAAGGUGAAUGGCAUUGUGAUGGAAACAAAAUUGUAAAACUACAAUGAAAAGUUUUAUUUCCAUUCAUGUUAACACUCAUACAGUUGAAAUAAUGCUUAUCAGAUUCACUUUUUAGACACAAGUGGAAAUUAAUUUUUGUGGUAAUCAUUAAUUUUGUUAUAUUUAUUAUUUGAAAUAUGCAAAGUACAUUUUUUUGACUAUCUGUACUAGAUCCCGAUGACACUGUCUGAACAAACGGAUCCAGUUUCAUCACUUCCAGUCAGUCUUAAAGAGACUUUAAAGUAUUUUUGGUUUUCCUCAUAUCCAUGUGUAAAGUGCCUUAACAAGUCACAUGACUGAUCCUCAGAUUUAUUGUGCCACAGUAAACUGAUUCAUUGUGAAAACCAAAGGGACCAUGUUUAAUUCUCCACUGCAGUGAGUUUAUCCAAAUGAAACAUCUUGUUUCUAAUUCUUAAAGCUGUUCAAUGAUCACGAUUAAAAUGUAAUCAUUAUACUGUGGUUGUGAAUGUAGAUCUUGAACUCUUAAUGGAACAUGUAGCAUUAGAUUUUCUUAGUUGGAGGAACCAAUCAGAUUUGCCAAACGCUCUGCACAAUCCCACCUCAAGCCUUUCUGAAGAAAUAAUCAGCUUUAAGUCAAGGUGUUGCUUGCUGUACAAACGCAAUGUAAUGUCACAGCAUCUUAAGUUUACAUAUUACGCAUGUUGAUUUUAUUCUAUACGGUCUGUCAAUAUCUGCAUAUGACAAUUCGUCUGACAAGAAAUAAAUCAUACACAACAAAAA